AUGUCAUCAGCAGCUUUAUCAAAUGCUAAUACCUCACGAGUGGGAGCUGAAGAGCAAGACUGUCUAUCAUGUCGUCUGGUAGGAGCAUCAGCAUUUAUCGGGUUGGGUGGAUACGCAAUUAUGCAAGCUAGAAAACAAGGUGCUUUUGCAACAGUUAGACCUACUGGACGUCCAUUGGUAGCUGGAAAAGUAACUGGUAUUUUAGGUGUCGUGUUCGUAGGAUUGGGCAUAGGGAGAUUGUUCAUGCCCGCUAGAAGAGCUCAAUUGCCUCAAUAA